AUGGACUACCAUGCAGCCCUAGCCCCGCUUUAUCUGCCGGAGAAGCCGAUUCCCAUGAUCCUGGUCUUGCACAACGCGGACUACAUGGGUGUCAUCGAAACGGAUUUCAUCAACGACCGGUUCUGGAAGACCACUGCCGAAAUGCGAAGACUGAGCCUCGUCUUCAACUUGCGCGUCCGCGCCAUUCGCAAGUACAUGCUCUUCGAGGGCCGCUUCAACAUGCUCAAGGCUGGCGUGGCCUACAUCAAGGAGAUGCAGAACGGCCAUGGGGUUUGCGCAGUCUCUGCCAACUAUGCCGCCGAGCUGAAGCGUGAGCGGAUGCUCUUCCGAGGCCUUCCAAAUAUCUUGCCGCUCGAUAACGCCACGGACCCGGCGGAUGAUCAGGGAGCAGGCACAAAGGAGCUGAAGAAGAGGCGCUACGCAGCCAAGGCUGCCCUCCAAAAGCGGUGCAAGUUGAACGAGGAUCCUGGAGCCAAGAUCUUGAUCUUCAUCGGCCGCUGGGUGAAGCAGAAGGGGGUGGACCACAUCGCAAUGCUGACGGAGGACAUCCUGCGCAGUCAGCAGAACGUUCAGAUGGUGCUUGCGGGUCCGCCUGACGAUCCCUUCGGCCGCUAUGCGGAGGAGUUGCUGGUUCCUCUGCGGGCACGCUUCGAAGGCCGGCUCUUCGUCUGCACGGAGUUCUUCUACCUGGAUCAGGAGCUCCGCCGUGGUGCGCAUCUCUGCUUCACUCCAUCCUGCUCGGAACCGUUCGGUUAUGUGGAUGUGGAGUUCGGCCUGUUGGGGGUCCCCUCGGUGGGCUGCGCCAUCGGCGGCCUGGGCAAAAUGCCCGGAGUUUAUUUCCGGCAGCAAAACGCCGACUCGCCCCACAUGCUCCUGGAAGCAUUCCACUGUGCCAUCGACUAUGCCUUGGACUUGCCCGAUGAAGAGUAUUGGCAGAUGGCAAAAGCUGCGACUCGGGCAGAGUUUCCCUUCAUCAUCUGGAAGGAGAACCUGAAGGAGGCGUGGGCGGGUUUAGGGUGUAGGGUUUAG